AUGUGCAGCUACAGCGCAGCAAUCAGGGCGUGCGAGAAGAGGCAGGCGAGGCUGGAGCCCAAUUCCCCUAACCCUAGCCACAACAGCGCGUGCGAGAAGUCGGAGGCGAAGGGGGAACCACCCGAUUUCUCCGCCGCGCUGGAAGUGAAGAGGAGCAUGGCGAUGUGGCGAGCUAGAGCUCGGAUCUCCACGAAGUGGUUGUGCGAGAAGGGAGAGCUGGGCGGCACAUGCGAGAAGCGGGAGGCGAAGCUAGAGCCAACUAUCUACCCUAGCUACAGACCUGGGAACGGAGCGCGCGAGUCGGAGGCGAGCCACGAAAGGUGGCUGGCGCGAAAAUUCGGGCGCAAGCAGGCGACCCGAACCUCCAGAGUGCCGACGAUCGAAGAGUGGAUAUACGGAACUGGAGGCUUGUGA